AUGGCCUACAAAGCAGAUAUCCGGACGACUUUUGAACCCAACCGUGUGAUCCAACCAAUCUACACUGGAGGAAGUGUAGCCAUCAGUCAGGAUGGACAGACAUUGGCUUCCUGCCUGGGCGAAGAGGCACUCCUCACCAACCUCAACAAUGGAGCCCAUCUGGCACGAAUUGAAGGCGAUGGAGAACCGCUCACAAACCUCAUAAUCACCCCGGAUGCCGCACAUUUGAUCGUUUGCUCACGAUCACUUUCCAUGCGAGUCUAUGCUCUGCAGGCCGGGGACGACGAGAUCGAGGCGAAACUGGUGCGGACAGUAAAGCCACACACGACGCCUGUGGUGUCAAUCGCCGUGGAUUCGACCAGCACACUGCUAGCUACGGGAGGUGCGGAUGGGGUAGUCAAAGUCUGGGACAUCCGAGGAGGAUUCGUCACACACACCUUUCACGGACACAGCGGGCUGAUUUCUGCUCUACAUUUCUUUCACGUGGACCCACAAAACGAGGUACAACCAGCCAAGAGCAAAAAGAGGAAGAACAAGCAACGGAAUGAAGAGGUUGAGGAGGUCCAGGACGAGGCCACUGCAGGAUACAGGCUGGCAUCGGGUGGAGAGGAUGGCAAAGUGCGCAUCUGGGAUUUACACAAGAGGAAGAGCACUGCGACGCUGGAUUCACACGUUUCUGUUGUGAGGAGUCUGGACUAUUGCGCGGAGAAGAAUCUCUUGCUUUCUGCCAGUCGGGACAAGACUGUCACCUUGUGGGACGUCCGAACUUGGGAGCUGGCCUCGACAGUCGCUGUGUUGGAGACAAUCGAGAAAGCUGGGUUUGUGGAGAAGGGUCGCUUCUUCUACACAGGUGGCGACACUGCAAGAUUGAGGAUAUGGGCCACCAAUGGUGGAAAGGAGAUUACACAGGAUCAAGAGGAGGGAUCAGAAGUUGAUGGGAUUGUGGAUGUCCUUCACUUUUCGAACCUUUCGUUCCUUUUGACGGUCCAUGCGGAUCAAACUCUGGUUCUGCGGUCUCUUCAGCCUCUGGCUGGGCUAGAAGCUUCCCAGGAAACACCAGCACUUCCAAUCGUGCAACGGAUCAGCGGGACCCACGACGAAGUCAUCGAUCUUGCAUACAUCGGCCGCGAUCGCAACAUUCUGGCACUGGCAACAAAUCUGGAGGACAUUCGCCUGAUUUCUCUGGAUACACAAGGAUCAAAAGGCUCAUCUCCAUACUUUGGCGCAGACAUUGCUCUCCUCAAAGGCCAUGACGACAUUAUCAUCACAAUCGACACAGACUGGUCCGGCCACUGGCUAGCGACCGGCGCGAAAGAUAAUACCGCACGACUAUGGCGUUUGGAUCCUGAGAACAACUCUUACGAAUGCUUUGCGACUUUCACUGGACAUGCAGAGAGCAUCGGCGCUGUGGCUCUACCAAAUGCAAUCCCUCCAAUUGGAUCAAAGGAGUAUCAGCGACCUCUCGAUUUCCCACCCAAAUUCAUGAUUACCGGCAGUCAGGACAAGACCGUCAAGCGAUGGGACAUCUCUCCUGCGGCAGGGAAGGCGCCUCGAGCGGCAUAUACAAGAAAGGCUCACGACAAGGACAUUAAUGCGAUUGAGACGAGCUUUUCUUCACCCGCUUUAUUCGCUUCGGCUUCACAAGAUCGGACUGUGAAGAUCUGGGAUGUCGAGACUGGUGAAGCGAUUGGUGUGCUCCGAGGCCAUAAGCGCGGCGUUUGGACUGUUGCUUUUGCACCCAUUGGUAUGCCCGCGUUAACGACAACAGGCGAGGGUGGUGCAGCAAGUACGGCAAAGGGUAUGGUUGUGACUGGUAGUGGAGACAAGACGGUCAGGAUAUGGAGUUUGACAGACUACUCUUGCUUGCGGACGUUCGAGGGACACGCAAAUAGUGUGUUGAAAGUUGUGUGGCUACCGCCACCUGGAAAGAAAGCCAAGAGAGGAGUGCAAGUCGCAAGUGCGGCGGGAGAUGGACUGGUGAAGGUUUGGGACGCACAGGGUGGAGAAUGCGCAGCCACUUUGGAUAAUCACAUCGACCGUGUCUGGGCGCUUGCAGUAAAGCCACAAAUCGAAUCAAAGGACACCUCAACCGAUGAGGAGGAAGCAGAGGAAGGGAGCGAGGAACAGCUAGAACUCGUCUCGGGAUCCGCCGACAGCACACUUACUUUCUGGACCGAUACGACCGCCACGACUGCGCUAGCAGCUACCACACACGCCACAGCGCGGAUUGAACAAGACCAGCAACUACAAAAUCACAUCCGGAGUAAGAACUUCCGAGAAGCAAUCGUUCUGGCAUUGCAGCUCGAUCACCCGAAACGCUUGCUAGAGCUGUUCGGCGAUAUUGUCAGCGGGCCGCAAGAACCUGGCUCUUUUACAGGGCGCUUGGACGUCGAUGAUGUGUUGAGGAGUUUGAGUGGUGGCCAGCUUUGGAAUCUGGUGUGCAGAGUGCGGGACUGGAACGCCAAUGGUCGGACAAAAGGCGUGGCGCAAAGAGUGCUCUACGCAUUACUCCACUUAUUCCCCAAGGAGAGAUUGCUGGCGCUUGGGAAAGCGAGGAAAAAGGCUACGAAUGACGAUGAUGCGGAGUUGGUGGUGGCUAUGAUGGCUGAACUCGACACCAAGGAUAAGAGUAAAAGGAGAGAAGGGAUGAAGGAUGUGGUUGAUGGGUUGAAGGCGUAUACAGAAAGGCAUUAUGCCAGGCURGAGAAGACGGGAGAGGAGAGAUUCGUGUUGCGGUGGGCAUUKGGACAGAUGGAUGAUGUUGCGGCUGUGAAUGGGACCAUUGGGAGCAGAGAGGAGGAUGUGUUGAUGUUGGAGGGUUGA